ACACGGCGCUCCAUCCGGUGUGUGGAGUAGCGCUGCAAGCAGAGCGCAGCCUGCCUGGCAGUGUCUGCUCAGUGGCUGCUGCUAUGGUUGGCAGAGUGUUCGGACGUUAGUGGUGAGAUUAGCGUCCCCGUUUAGAGAUAAGGACGAAUUGAGUCGAGGAAGUAAACAAAAGAGGACUAACGCCUUGGAGAAUAUGAACAAGGUAGAAGCGCCAUGUCGACCCGCCGCCUCUCUGAAAUUCACCAUUGACAACAUCCUCAACCUCAAGACCAGCGGGAGAAACUGUGACAGUUGUCACCCAGGCGGACUGCAGGAUGAACUGGCCACGGCGAUGCGUAAAGAUGAUUUCCAGAGCCACCGUGAGGAGAAAGGAGUCCAGCAGAGGCAGGACCCGGACAGCAGGCUUAACGAACGAGAGUUGCAGAUCACAGACUGCAGCGGGGCAGCGGACUCGGUCGUCAUCAGCCGCGGAAACCAGAGGAAGUCGGCGGAGACGCGCUUCGAGAGCGGGGACAGCAGCUGCGACGACAGCAGCUCAACCACCGCGGCCACGGACUCCAACAAAGGAGGGAGCCCGGGCAAAAAGAACAAAAUGAUAACGAAAAAGAAAACUCGCACUAUUUUUUCCAAGAGACAGAUUUUUCAGUUGGAGUCCACCUUCGACAUGAAACGUUAUCUGAGCAGCGCAGAGCGCGCUUGCCUCGCCAGUUCCCUGCAGCUCACGGAGACCCAGGUGAAAAUAUGGUUCCAGAACCGCAGGAAUAAAUUGAAACGACAAAUCUCGACCGAAAUCGACGGACCAGUUAGCGAUUUCCCCGAGACUGGAAAGCCCGUGGUGGUGGGGCAGCUCCCGGCCCUGUACAAAGAGAGCAACUUGCUGGGGAGAUGUCUGCUGCCCAUGCCUCUGCCCGUGGUGUACCCGGGGAGUAGCACGCCUUACCUCUGCUUCUCAAACGCCAGCAAGUACUUCAGCCUGUAUGACGGGGACGUAUGAUAGUUUUGAGAUGUCUCGGCGUCAAAGAGACACUUUCGGUGGUCCGUUGCCAACUUUCAAGCAUUUACCGUGUUUGGAUGAUGGGGCCGGUCCUGCGGCCUUAACUCUUUGUGAAGACUGCAAGUACAAUGGCAGAGGAAUCGUUACAUAUCAAAUAAAAAUAUUAUCUGAAUUAUUUAUUUUCUGUCAAAUCCUGGGUUUUGUAGACCGGACACUUAACCUGUUUCUUACACCUAGCCCUUUAUAGAAUAUACCAGGCUAUGCUACUGAAAGCCUGAGGGGCCUAAAGCAGUAGAAUUUACAACAUUUUAUUGUUUACAUUACGUUAUUAUUAUUGUUAUUAUUAUUAUUAUUAUUAUUAUUGACAACAGCAUUUCCAGCAGCCUAAGCCACCAAAGAAAUUACUAUAGCCUAACAAUUUGCAUGCAUUUCCUGUACCAUAAUGAAUUCUGAAUUACUAAAAUUAUCUAUGUAUUUAAAUGAAUGUAAUUAACAUUUUAUUCUGUUGCACGCAUGUGUUUUUUUCCUGUUUUUUUUUUGAGUAUCUUACUGUACUUGAUUUAUUCCACAUUUGCCUAUAGGCUCCUUACACCUUUAACUGAAACUAUAAUUAAAAUAUCCUCAUUCAAGAAAUAUUUUUCAGGACUGAAUC